AUGGCGCACGACGUCCAGCCGCUUGAUCCUGAGGAAGGAGGCUCUCUCUCCAAGGCGGAACUCUUCUGGCGACGACACCAGAAGUGGCUUGAACAGUCAGGCUAUCUGCUGAGGCCUCGAUACAGGGACGCAUGGCGUCCGUCGUGGAAGGGGACGAACAAGGAGUACUAUCUCGCUCCGGAUGGUGUUACACUAAGGCGGGGGAAUCUCAUCGACGCGACUCGCGUCUCCGAUGGUGCGCUAGUGGCCCUAAAACAAGUGGUCAAAGCGCGCCAUCCUCACGAAAUUCAAAUCGGCCUCUACUUCUCUUCUGAGCCUCUUGCAUCCGAUCCAAGGAACCAUUGCGUCCGCAUUAUCGAGGUUCUCCAGGUCCCUGACGAAGAAGACAUGUCCUUGAUCGUUAUGCCAUACUUACGUGCCUACUACGAGCCUCGUUUUGACACCUUCGGCGAAGUUGUCUCGUACUUCCAGCAAGUAUUCGAGGGGUUGCAAUUCAUGCAUGCCCAUCACGUAGCCCAUCGGGAUUGUGAUGGACGAAAUAUUAUGAUGGAUGGCACUGCACUAUACCCUGAAGGGUUUCAUCCUGUAGUGACGGACAUGAAGCCUGAUAUGACCGGCUCGGCCAAGCACUACACUCGGACAGAGUACCCUACGAAGUACUACUUAAUUGACUUUGGCUUAUCACGAUGUUACAAUCCGGACGACGGACCCCCUCGCGAACCGCCCAUUUUCGGAGGAGACAAAUCCGUGCCCGAGUUCCAGAAUUCUAUCAAGCCAGUGGAUCCUUUCCCUACCGACGUCUAUUAUUUGGGCAAUAUGAUCAGGGAGGAUUUUCUACAGACCGAGCGUGGCUUUGGAUUCAUGGAGAGGCUAGUCGCCGAUAUGGUCCAAGAUGACCCCGCAAAGCGGCCUACCAUGGACGAAGUGGUGGCUCGCUUCCAGGCAAUUCAAAUGUCACUUAGCAGCUGGAAGCUGCGAUCCCGAGUGCCUGAACGAGAUGAACUGGCCAUCGUGGAAGCUUAUCGUGCGCUGGUCCACUGGAAGCGUCGAUUGUGGUAUGUCCUCAGGGGCGUCCCUGCGGUGCCCCUGCCAUGA